CGCGACGGCGCCUGCGCGGAGGGCGUGAUCCGGGCACUUCGGGCAGGAUGAACGCUGCUUUCCAAGAUGGCGACGGAGGGAGGAGGGAAGGAGAUGAACGAGAUUAAGACCCAGUUCACCACCCGGGAAGGUCUGUACAAGCUGCUGCCGCACUCGGAGUACAGCCGGCCCAACCGGGUGCCCUUCAACUCGCAGGGAUCCAACCCUGUCCGCGUCUCCUUCGUAAACCUCAACGACCAGUCUGGCAACGGCGACCGCCUCUGCUUCAAUGUGGGCCGGGAGCUCUACUUCUAUAUCUACAAGGGGGUCCGCAAGGCUGCUGACUUGAGUAAACCAAUAGAUAAAAGGAUAUACAAAGGAACACAGCCUACUUGUCAUGACUUCAACCACCUAACAGCCACAGCAGAAAGUGUCUCUCUCCUAGUGGGCUUUUCCGCAGGCCAAGUCCAGCUUAUAGACCCAAUCAAAAAAGAAACUAGCAAACUAUUUAAUGAGGAAAGACUAAUAGACAAGUCACGCGUAACCUGUGUCAAAUGGGUUCCCGGUUCGGAAAGCCUUUUCCUAGUAGCCCAUUCGAGUGGGAACAUGUACUUGUAUAAUGUGGAGCACACUUGUGGCACCACAGCCCCCCACUACCAGCUCCUGAAGCAGGGGGAGAGCUUUGCCGUGCACACUUGCAAGAGCAAAUCCACGAGGAACCCUCUCCUCAAGUGGACGGUGGGCGAGGGGGCCCUCAACGAGUUUGCUUUCUCCCCAGAUGGCAAGUUCUUGGCGUGCGUGAGCCAGGACGGGUUCCUGCGUGUGUUCAACUUUGACUCGGUGGAGCUGCACGGCACGAUGAAAAGCUACUUUGGAGGCUUGCUGUGCGUGUGCUGGAGCCCGGACGGCAAGUACAUCGUGACCGGUGGCGAGGACGACCUGGUGACGGUCUGGUCUUUUGUAGACUGCCGAGUGAUAGCGCGAGGCCAUGGGCACAAAUCCUGGGUCAGCGUCGUGGCGUUUGAUCCCUACACCACCAGUGUGGAAGGCGGCGACCCGAUGGAGUUCAGCGGCAGCGACGAGGACUUCCAGGACCUCCUCCACUUCGGCAGAGACCGAGCGAACAGCACACAGUCCCGGCUGUCCAAGCGGAACUCCACGGAGAGCCGCCCCGUCAGUGUGACCUACCGCUUCGGCUCGGUGGGCCAGGACACGCAGCUCUGCCUGUGGGACCUCACGGAAGACAUCCUUUUCCCCCACCAGCCCCUCUCGAGAGCAAGGACACACACAAACGUCAUGAACGCCACGAGUCCUCCCGCCGGCAGCACUGGGAACAGCGUCACGACGCCCGGCAACCCGGCGCCCCCUCUGCCGCGGUCCAACAGCCUCCCGCACUCCACCGUCUCUAAUGCCGGCAGCAAGAGCAGCGUCGCCGACGGAGCCAUCGCUUCUGGGGUCAGCAAAUUCGCCACUCUCUCACUGCACGACCGGAAGGACAGGCACCACGAGAAAGACCACAAGCGAAACCACAGCAUGGGACACAUUUCCAGCAAGAGCAGCGACAAACUGAACCUCGUUACCAAAACCAGAACGGACCCAGCUAAAACCCUGGGCACGCCCCUGUGUCCCCGCAUGGAAGACGUCCCCUUGUUAGAGCCACUCGUCUGUAAAAAGAUAGCACACGAAAGACUGACUGUGUUAAUUUUUCUCGAAGACUGUAUAGUCACUGCUUGUCAGGAGGGAUUUAUUUGCACAUGGGGAAGGCCUGGGAAAGUGGUAAGUUUCAACCCUUAAUGCUGCACCAGAGCUAGAACUUGAAUAGGUAGUGAUUUUUUUUUCUUGCGGGAGGGGCGGGGUGUACAAUGAAUGUGAAUGACACUUCUUAUUCUUAAUGUAAAUCUAAAUGCAUCAGAGCCAUAAUUUUGGAUACUGCAUGCCAUGUAAUUCUGAAUCAUUUGAUAAUUCACCUUAGAACGUUUAAAAAAUAUAAUCAAACUAAUUGCCAGCCAAGUCAGUCACCCUCUCGGGAGCCCCAGGGUUAGCGUUCCUGUGUUAGACCGUUGCGAUCUUAGGGAAGUUACGGCGGUGUGGGAAACAGUGACUCAAAUGCUAAAAUUAAAAUUUCCGCUUUAACUGGAAUAUUCUCGCUUAACUCCUCAAUUAGAAUAUUGUACACCUGAUCAGAGUGUGUGUUCAGUACGGACGGCCAUUGUCAUUUAUAGUCCGAUUUUUUAUCUUAAUCAUAAAAUGUUUAGGAAUCUAUGAAAUUUAACUUUAGGAACAAAGCGUUCAGCAGGGUUGAUUGAUAUUAUUUUUACAUUGUUCUGGCAAUCCACAGAAAGAGAAGAGCCUUAAUUUUUAAAACCCAUUUUAGUCAUUUUAUGACAAUUAAAAUUGUUUAAUAAACAUCUUUUUCAAAGAA